AUGACCGGCGUCCUGCCGAGCCCGGCGCCGGACAUGCACGCCAGCCAGCUCUCGGCCGGCGGCUAUCAGCAGCACGGCCUGCACAAGCCGCAGGAGUCCCCCACGCUGCCCGUCUCCACCGCCACCGACAGCAGCUACUACGCCAACCGGCAGCCCUACGGCCAGCCGGUGCCCUGCCCCUACGCGCCCGGCGCCGCCCCCUUCCCCGCCAAGCCGGGCUACGACCCGGGCUACGCGGCCGCCUACGGCUCCUACGGGCCCUACGGCGCCGGGGCCUCGCCGGCCGCCAACGACUCCGAGAAGGAGGAGUGCGAGCCUGAGGUGCGAAUCGUCAACGGGAAGCCCAAGAAGGUCCGCAAGCCGCGCACCAUCUACUCCAGCUUCCAGCUAGCGGCCCUGCAGCGCCGCUUCCAGAAGACACAGUACCUGGCGCUGCCCGAGCGCGCCGAGCUGGCCGCCUCCCUCGGCCUCACUCAGACCCAGGUGAAGAUCUGGUUCCAGAACCGCCGCUCCAAGUUCAAGAAGAUGUGGAAGAGCGGCGAGCUGCCCGCCGAGCCGUCCCCGCGCCGCAGCGCCUCGCCGCCGCCCCCUGCCUCGCCGCCCGCGUGGGACUUCGCCCCGCACCCGCGUGCGGGGAGUGGCUCCCCCGGCCCUGCCGCGGCCUUCCUCGGCAGCUACGCGUGGUACCCGCCCGGCCCCGCGCCGUCCGCCGCCUCCCUCCCUCAGCACCACGGCGGAAGCGGCGGCGGCGUCUUCUAGGGACCGCGGGUCAUUUCCCUUUUUAUUUUUUUAAAGUCGAUAGGUGCCUUUGUGGAAGACCUCAUUCUGAUGUUGGGGACUGAACAAAAAAAAAUAAACAAACAAACAAAUAAAAAUAAAACGAUUAAAAGAAAAA